CUCAGUCCUCAUUCUUUGCUCUCCCCUUCUCGCUCUCUCAGUCUCCACUCUGUCCCCGCGCCUCCCUCCGCCUUCACCUGCAUCGCCUCAUCGCAUUCGAGCGCGUGCUCGCCCCGCGCCCGCCACGACUUUUCAAGAAGAAGAAGAAGAAGCAGAACAGCGUCGUCGAGAUCUCAUUUCAUUCUCUCGCGGUUCUUGCGCUUUUGCGAAGCGUCGAGUGAUCAAUUUUGCCGCCAUGGCUCUCAGAGUGGCCCCUUGCUCCGUCUCCAUCGCGGCGGGCUCGCUGGCCUGCGUCACCGGUGGCAAUGCCAGCCAGGCCCGUCAAGGGCGUUUAAGCUUUGAUGCCGUUUCGAUCGCCAGGCCCGCGAGGUCGGUCGCAGUGCGCGCGGCGGAAUCGAACGUCGAUCAGAAGACGCUCUCGGGAGUGGUUUUUGAGCCCUUCAGAGAGGUUCAGAGCGAUGCGUUUCUGCUGCCCUCCGAGUCUAACAAGUCUCUGGCCCGCCAGCGAUUUGACCAGUCUUGCGAGUCUGCUAUCAACGACCAGAUCAAUGUGGAGUACAACGUGUCGUACAUCUACCAUGCUCUGUUCGCGUACUUCGAUCGUGACAAUGUCGCUCUUCCAGGCUUCGCCAAGUAUUUCAAGGAGGCCAGUGAGGAGGAAAGGGAGCAUGCAGAGAAGCUGAUGACGUACCAGAACAAGAGAGGUGGCAGGGUGAAAUUGAACACCAUAGUCAACCCUAUCAGUGAGUUUGACAACAGUGAGAAGGGUGACGCGCUUCAUGCUAUGGAGCUUGCCCUCUCCCUGGAGAAGUUGACCAUGGAGAAGCUUUACUGCCUCCACAAGGUAGCUGAGGACGCACACGACGUUCAGCUCACAGACUACAUCGAGAGCGAGUUUCUCUCGGAGCAGGUUGAGGCGAUCAAGAAAGUAUCGGAGUACGUAGCUCAACUGAGAAGAAUCGGCAUGGAUGGUCACGGUAUCUACCACUUCGACCGCAUUCUCGGCGAGGAAGGUGCCUAGGAUCAAGGUCUAGUGUGGUAUACUCGUACGCGUAAUAGGCCUGUAGAGUAAGUCAGAGGUGCAGAGCUUGGUUCUUAGCUGUCUCCAGCUAUUUUAGUAUAGGAACACAGCCUUUUGUUUCACAAUCACGUUCUAGAUUAUUUUGGCGUAGUUUGUACAAUGGUAGGGAAUUGACCACCGUGACAUCACUUUUUGAGAGAUGGGUGCUGUGCUACACAUCCGCUGUAAAGAAAUGGCAAUUAAUGUCAGUUAUAAUGAGGAAUUUUAUUUUCUUUUAUAUAAAGGGAGUUUAAGAUG